AUGGUAGCUAAAGGAGCACGUGAUCGAUGUUCAUCAUCGUCAACAAAUGCAACAAACACAUCAACAACUACAAAACAAAGACGAGUAUCAUCAACAAGUCAUGAUAAAAAAAAAAUUGCUAAACCAAUUGGUAUAUGUGGUUUUUGUUUGGGUGAUAAUCUUAAAAAUGCAAAUGGUAUUCCAGAAGAAAUGAUACAUUGUGCAGAAUGUGGCAAUUCCGGACAUCCAUCAUGUUUACAAUAUUCAGAAAAAUUAGUUGAAAAAAUUCGAACUAUUCGUUGGCAAUGUAUCGAUUGUAAACGAUGUAUUAUUUGCAAUAAAAGUGAUGAUUCAUUAUUAUUCUGUGAUUUUUGUGAUUCUGGUAUACAUCCAAAAUGUUGUAAUCCACCAUUAAAUACAAUUCCUAAAGGUGAUUUUGCUUGUCAUCUUUGUCAUGAUGAAAUCGAGUUAUCACCAAAAAAAUCUUUAUCGUUAUCACCAACACGUUCACUUAGAAAUAAUCAUUCAAAUAAUGAUAAUACCUCACCAAUUAUUGCUCAACAUAAUGAUAAUGUAUCAAAUUUCUUUUUACCAACUAAUCACAAAAAAAAUCAUAUACGACAACAAUCUGUACAAAAAGCAAUGAAAUAUUUACGUGAUAAAAAAACUCUAACAUCAUCAAAGAAAAAAUUACUUAAAAGACUUCAUUCACCUAUAUUAGAUGUUAAAUCAAGUAAAGAAAAUAAAGAUGAUUUACUAACAAAAACACAACGAAUAAAAAGAAAAUUUUCUAAUGAAAAUUUAUCUUCUAGUCCUCAAACAAGUACUCCUUUAUUAACACGUCAAUUAUCAAAUAAAAAAUUGUUAACUAUUGAACCUAUAACUCCACCUCAUCGAGUCAGUCGUCGAUCAGAUAAUCAUUCAAUUGAAGAAUUAAAUAAAACAAAUUCAUCUCGAUCUAUUACAAAACGAACACAUUCAACUAAUUCUAUGUCACCUAUUUCAACAACAUCAUCAACUAUCAAUAAACGAAUAAGAAAAGAUUCAUCGACUUUAAAAAAUAAAAAACGAAAAGAAAGUCAAACGGAAGAUGAACUAUUAGAUAAUGAUAAACAUAAAAUUACUUUAAAUUUAUCUAAAUAUAAAAAUCCUCCAGGAUUUCUCAAUGAUCCUCUUCCGGAAAAUAUUACCGAACAUGAUGUAUAUUUAUUUCUUGAAUCCCGUGCAAAUUCCGCAAAACUCAUAACAGAUUGUUCUGAGAAAUUUCAUCAUUCAAGUGAAUGUAUUGAUGAUAAUGCAACAAAUACACGUUGGCCACCUUAUAUUGUCUUUGGUUCAGAUUUAUUAAAAACUUGGUAUUCAUCAUCAUAUCCACAGGAAUAUGCACGUGUACCACGUUUGUAUAUAUGUGAAUUUUGUCUAAAAUAUAUGAAAUGUGAACAAGUAUACGAUCGACAUCGUAAAACAUGUACAGCUUUUCAUCCUCCAGCAAAUGAAAUUUAUCAUAAAGAUGAUCUAUCUGUAUUUGAAGUUGAUGGAAAUAUCAAUCGAUAUUAUUGUCAAAAUUUAUGUCUACUUGCAAAAUCAUUUCUUGAUCAUAAAACACUUUAUUAUGAUGUUGAACCAUUUUUAUUCUAUGUUUUAACUAAAAAUGAUGCUUAUGGUUGUCAUUUUGUUGGAUAUUUUUCCAAAGAAAAACAUUGUCCACAAAAAUAUAAUCUAUCAUGUAUAACUGUUUUACCUAAUUGUCAACGUCGUGGUUAUGGACGUUUUUUAAUUGAAUUAAGUUAUUUAAUUUCACAAAAAGAAGGACAAUUUGGAACACCUGAAAGACCAUUAUCAACACUUGGUGCUCAAACAUAUGAAGCAUAUUGGAAAAUAAAAAUUAUUGAACAAUUACUUAUUUAUUAUAAUGAAAAUAAUACGAAAUGUUUAUUAAAAACAAUUAUGAAUGAAACAGGAAUGGCUGUUGAUGAUAUUAUUGAUACAUUACAAAAUUUAGGUGUUUUAACAAUGAAAUCAAAUAAAAAACCAGCUAUUACUGUCGAUGUAACACAAUUAGAAACAAUGAUAAAAACUGAAAAAAUAAGACAUGCACAUUGGGUUUCAGUGGAUAGUGAAUAUCUUCGUUUUACACCUGUACUUACACAUCUUUUAUUAACAAAUGAAGAAAAAGCUGUAGAAAAACAAGUCAAAGAAAUACAAAUUGUUUUUAAAGAAAUUGGUCGUGAAGCAGCUGAAGCUGCAUCAUUAUCAACUGAAUUAGCUGAUGGUUCAAAUCUUAAUGAAGGUGUUCGUUACAUUCGAAGACGAAAAUUUGGACAUAAACGUCGUUCACUUAUUGUCAAACGUCGAACACCAGUUAGUAAAAAAUCGACGAAAAAUGAUUCGAUGAUAACUCAUAAUGAUAGUUGUGCAAUGGAUGUAAUAACAAAUGGUGGUGAUGAUGAACAUUCUCAAGAAUAUAAACCACGCCGACCAAAACCAAUAAUAAAUGAAUCGAUUAAAGAAGAAAUAGAAGAACAAGAAGAAGAAAAUAAAAAUAUUGAUCCAGUAAUAUCUCCACCGAAAAUUCCGAUCAAACAAACAACACUGAAACAAUUAAAACUUGAUCAAUUUCUUAAAGUUGUUCAACCGCCAACCAUAGAUUCAUUUAAUGAUGUAAAAUCUGAAUCAAAUCAUGUAUUACCAUCAGAUUUAGAGACUAAAAAUGAUGAUGAUAAUGAUGAUAUUCAUUUACAAACAAGAAGAAUAACACGAAAUACUCGUUUACAUUCAACAUCUGAAACUGAUCUUAUUAAAAAUGAAAAUACAACCUCAUCAGAAACUUCAAAUCAAUCUGAUCUUAAUCAACCAAAACUGUUAGUCAGAGAAGUAAGUGAUGAAGGUCUUUCAAAUGGAUCAUCUCAUGAUGGUUCAACGACAACAGAAGCUUCUUUUUCAUCGUCAAUACUGAAUAUGGAUCAACCAUCAUCAGAAAGAAAACAAGCCUUACCCACAUCAGAUGUUCAAUCUUCAAUCGAUGAUACAAUUUCACCAUCUAAGACUAAACUUGAUCAACCAAUUUUAAAUCAUGAAAUAAGUGUAGCAACAACAAAUGCAUCUGAAACACCUUCGUCACUAUCAGAUAUUCUUGCCAAUCCAUUUCGAUCGACUUCACCAUCUAUCAAUGGUACUGAUGACGAAAGAAAAAUUGCGUGUAUCGAAUCUCAAUUGAAAACAGAUACAAUCGAUACAAUUAAUAAUAAUAAUCAAGAAGUCGAAGAAGACGAACAAGAUUCAGCUUCACCAAUAAAUCAAUUUGAAACAACAAUCAAACCAAUUGAAGCAAGUUCUGAUGAAGCACCACCAAGUUUAACAUCACCAACAUCAAUGGUCAUUUCACAAUCAAAUCAUUAUAAUUAUUCAGCAAGAAGUAAACAACAACUACCACAACCACAACAGCAAAGCAUAACAAUAAAUAAUUUUAAUACUUCAACUAAUAUGACUUAUAAUUUUAAUAAUCCAUCAUAUGUAUAUCCAUAUCCACCAGCACCAGCAUAUGGUAUGCAACCAUAUUAUUAUCCAUCACCAACAUCAAUGGAUUAUUUGCCUUAUUAUCCCGCACCUUCAUCGUCAGUUUAUCCUUCUACCGAUUCAGUUUACAAUACUUCGUCAGAACAUCAAUCAUUUUAUGCAACGAAUGGUAUGAAUACAAUUUCAUAUAAUAGUAAUGGAACACCAUCAUAUAAUUAUCCAACAGCACCACCAACCUCGACUACAUCUGCAUCUCAACAACACUAG